AUGACCGCGAUCACUGUUCUGCUCCUUCUCGCGGUGUGCAUCGCGGGCCUACAGGCGCAAUGCCCGGACCCAGGCUCGCUGACAGAUGCAAGUGGAAAUAAGGUUUGCGCGCGUAUGUUCGAAGACAGUCACUACUACUACGAGCAGAGCUGCGGAGGCGACUACCUCGACGCCUAUGCUAACGAUGACUUCCCCUUCAUGCCGAGAGGCUGGAACGACCAUAUCUCCUCGCUGGUAGUUUCCAAAUUCUGCAGCCUCACCGUGUGGUCGCGCAGUAGGAAGGAGGGUAGCAGGCGCAAGUUUACCUCAGGAAUCCAAUACCGUCUGAAAGACGUUGGCCAGGGCCUGUUUGGGGACUGGGACAACGACAUCUCUGCGUACUACUGUGAGUGCUAG